UCAUAUUUCCCCGGCUCCGGAGUACAGGGCAACAAAUGCUGGUUACACGGCAGGAUACGGUCAGGGUUCCCUUGGUCUACGCAUGUCACUCUCGGUGACAUCCAGCGUAGGUGGCGCCCAGUGCGAGCUCCCCUUGGAAGGCUUGGGUUUUGAUCGCAGCCAGUUUUGUUUGUUGUCGUAUCUCGGCUAUCCAGCUAGGCGGCCCCUCUGGGUGAAAGAGUCUCGGCCCCAAAAAUGAUGGGUGUUUUUGGGAAAGAUUCUACUUGGCUCCCUCUUGGAACCAAUUUCCGGAGUCACAUCCCUUUGUAAAUACCGAAAUGAGCGGAUCCAUGCUCAUGGCGCUAUUAUCAUUGCGGGGGAGCGCUUAAAGAGCACUUUCGUCGUUUAAUGCAGAAGAUGGGCCUCUUUCUUCCUUCUUCUGACCUAUUGCUUUCUCUUACUUGCCCGUUGACGAAAGAAACCAUCUUUGAUAGAUAUCUUAUUCCUUGGUCAAGAAUUACCACCUUAUUUGGCUUACGCGGACAUAGGCCACCGGGAAUUAACUAACUAGCUACAAAAAGUCGCCAUGGCUAACACUUUUCCUCCGAAGCUCACUGUGCUCGAGAAGCUUGAUUUGAUCCCUGCAAACAUUUCUCUCGUCGCAACCGCGAUCUACGCAGCCAUUACUGGUAUAUUCCGAGGGCAAAAAGGGGCCAAGUCGUAUAUGAAACACAUUAACUAUGCUGUUAUUCGCAAGAUGUUGCAGCGGCUUUCCACUAGACAAAAUCAAGCAACAAAUCCUUCAACAAGUGGUGCUUAUGAAAUAUUUGCGAGGCAGAACAAGAUCGAAGCCCAAACCGUGCAAUUAAAUUAUGGUGGCUUGGGCCAUUGGCUUGGGAAUAAGGAUGCAAAAAAUGUCCUUGUCUAUUAUCAUGGCGGUGGAUUUGCCAUCUCAGCCGGUACCGCAUACUUUCAGGUAUUAAAGGGAAUAAUGGAGGAGCUCAACGCUGCAGGGAAAGAUAUUGCUAUCUUUGUACUCACGUAUACUCUCGCACCACAUGCCGUAUACCCAACACAGGUGAAACAAGCGGUUGAAGCCCUCCGCCACGUCAUUCAAGCAGGCCACGAUCCUUCAAAUGUUGUCAUCGGAGGUGAUUCUGCUGGUGGAAAUCUCACACUCGCGGUCCUCUCCCACAUCUCACACCCGCAUAAGGAUAUUAAGCCGCUGGAAAUCUCAUGUCCGCUAGCUGGUGCAUUCACGAUUGCCCCGUGGGUUUCAUUUUCCCAGGAUUUCCCUUCCGUUAAGGAGAAUGCGCUUAAGGACAUCAUCAUGCCUGAGCUUGCCGAAAGAUGGAGCUCAAGUUACCUUGCAGGCCAAGAGACAGACAAUUAUAACCAGCCACUUCUUGCCCCAGCGGAAUGGUGGAAGGACAUCAAGGCAAGAGAUUUACUCAUCGUUGCGGGCUCUGACGAAAUCCUGCUUUCUUGUAUCGAGGAAUUUGUUGAGAAGUUGAAGUCUGUGCUUCCAAAUGUCACAUAUAUUGUUGGCCAAGAUGAACCUCACGUCGCACCUUUCAUUUACCUAAUGCUCGGCGACAAAUCUACAACCCAGCAAGACGGUGGAUUGCGGACGUGGCUCUCGUCGCGUCUCUAA